AUGAUGGAAAUAGCAACUGACUUGAAGAAAAAAUAUAAUGGAAAAAUGGUAAAAUGGAAUGGUACAGAGUUCAGUUCGAGCCCCAACACCAACUACAUUUCAAUUCCAUUGAAUGAUGACUUCGUAAUUGCUGUAUAUGUAACUACUCAUAGUGAGGACGGAUGGGGUUCGCAAAUUGUGAUGAAAACAAUGCCCAAUGAUGAAUUCAUUCCAGCAGAAGAUUUCUCUGAAGACAAAACGCUUAUAAAAAUUGAAGCUCCUGAAUAUCCCGGACAAAUGUUUAUUGUUUUUAUUCUUCUUUGGAUUCUGCUUUCUUUCGGCUUUUUCGUAUUUUUACACCACACCCACAACUGA